GCGGGCGGCCGCCGCGCUUCCGGGUGCGGGCCCAGGAGGGCGGCGGGCCCGGCACGGCGCGAGGGGCCGCGGGCGGGCGGGCGGAGGGCGAAGCGCCCCCGACCGGAUGUGAGCGAACGUAGCGGGCGGACGGUGCGGGAGGGAGCCGCGCCCGGACCAUGAGGCUCCGACUGUGGCUGGUCCCUGCCCUGGUGUUCCUGUGGGGGCCGGGCGGGCUGGAGGCGCUGGGGCGCCCGCCGCGCCGGCAGCUCUACGACACAGUUGAGUCCAUGCUUUCAGACUACGACAUCCUUUCUCAGUCUAGCAUCCAGCAACACUCUUUAAAGAAGAGGGAUCUGCAGCCUGAGACACACGUAGAGAGGCUCUUAAGUUUUUCAGCCCUGCAAAGGCACUUUAAAUUAUACUUAACUGCAACUGCUGAACACUUUUCAGAAAAAUUUCAAGCAUUAAUUGUGGAUGGUGAAGGCAAGGAAAAGGAAUACAGUGUUCAAUGGCAAGACUUUUUCACUGGACAUGUUGUUGGAGAGCAUAAUUCCAAGGUUGUGGCACAUAUUGGCAAUGAAGAUUUUACAGUGAGGAUCAGUACUGAUGGAGAAGAAUACAAUAUCGAGCCACUGUGGAGAUUUGUAGAAAAUGUGCAAGAUGAAAGGCUGCUGGUCUACAGAUCUGGAGAUAUUAAAGAUUUCUCAAGAUUGCAAUCCCCCAAAGUGUGUGGUUAUUUAAAGCUGAACGAAGAAGAAUUAUUGCCAAAAGGAUUGGAAGACCGGAAGGAAAAUGAAGCAAGCAUCCAUCGGAAGAAAAGAGCUGUUCCAGAGAGCUCCAAAAACACAUGCAAGAUGUUGGUAGUGGCAGAUCAUCGCUUUUUCAAGUACAUGGGCCGUGGGGAAGAGAGUACCACUAUAAAUUAUUUGAUUGAAUUGAUAGACAGAGUAGAUGACAUCUACCGAAACACUUCCUGGGACAAUGGAGCCUUCAAUGGGUACGGCAUACAGAUAGAGCAGAUUAUCAUCCACAAUGAGCCAAAUCUUGUAAAACCUGGAGAAAAGCAUUACAAUAUGGCAAAAAGUUACCCAGAUGAUAAGAAAGAUGCCUGGGAUGUGAAAAUGCUGCUAGAGCAAUUUAGCUUUGAUAUUGCGGAGAAAGCAGCUCAUGUGUGCCUUGCUCAUCUCUUCACGUAUCAAGAUUUUGACAUGGGAACACUUGGACUGGCUUACGUUGGCUCUCCCAGAUCUAACAGCCAUGGUGGCAUUUGUCCUAAAGCUUAUUAUAGUCAAAUUGCAAAGAAGGACAUCUAUCUGAACAGUGGCUUAACCAGCACCAAGAACUACGGGAAGACGAUCCUCACAAAGGAGGCUGACCUAGUUACGACACAUGAACUCGGACAUAACUUUGGAGCAGAGCAUGAUCCUGACAGUCUGCCGGAAUGUGCGCCCACUGAAGACCAGGGAGGGAAGUACGUUAUGUAUCCAAUUGCUGUCAGCGGAGAUCAUGAAAACAACAAGAUGUUCUCAAGCUGCAGCAAAAAAUCCAUCCAUAGGACCAUAGAGAUCAAGGCCCAGGAAUGCUUCAAAGAGCGCAACAACAAAGUGUGUGGGAACUCCAGGGUGGAUGAAGGGGAGGAAUGCGAUCCUGGCCUCUUGCACCAACAGGCUGAUCCCUGCUGCUCUGCAGACUGUAAACUGAAAGCUGGCGCGAAAUGCAGUGAUCGGAACAGUCCCUGCUGUAAAGGCUGUCAGUUUGAAAGUGCACAGAAGAAAUGCCAAGAAGCCAUAAAUGCCACUUGUAAAGGAGAGUCUUUUUGCACUGGGAACAGCAGCGAGUGCCCCCCUCCAGGGAAUGCUCCAGAUGAUACAGUCUGCGUGGAUAUGGGGAAGUGCAAGGAUGGGGAGUGCGUCCCUUUCUGCGAGAGGGAGAAGAACCUACGGUCGUGUGCGUGCAAUGAAACGGAUAAUUCCUGCAAGGUGUGCUGCCGGGACGAGCAGGAUAGGUGUGUACCGUACGUCGAUGCUAACGACCAGUUCCUGUUCCUGCGCAAGGGGAAGCCCUGCACUGUGGGCUUCUGCGAUACCAAUGGCAAAUGCGAGAAGCAAGUGCAGGAUGUGAUUGAACGAUUUUGGGAUUUCAUAGACCAGCUCAGCAUCAAUACUUUUGGGAAGUUCCUAGCGGAUAAUAUAGUGGGCUCUGUGCUCGUCUUCUCCCUGCUUUUCUGGAUUCCUCUGAGCAUCCUUGUGCACUGCGUGGACAAGAAGCUGGACAAGCAGUAUGAGGAGAACACGAAGUCCCUGUUUUGCCCCAGUAACGUGGAGAUGCUCAGCAGCCUGGACUCUGCCUCUGUUCGAAUCAUCAAGCCCUUCCCCGCAGCGCAGUCGACCAGCCGGCACCAGCCACUGCAGCCCAUCACGGCUGUGCCGGCUGUCGCUGCAGCACCGAAACAGGACCACCAAAGAAUGGACACUAUCCAGGAGGACCCGAGCACUGACUCUCACAUUGACGAGGACGGGUUUGAGAAGGACCCUUUCCCAAAUAGCAGCUCGGCCGCCAAAUCUUUUGAGGACUUGACGGAUCAUCCUGUCAUUAGGAGUGAGAAAGCUUCGUCCUUUAAACUACAGCGCCAGAACCGUGUAGACAGCAAAGAGACGGAAUGCUAGUGUCUUGCUGCCUUCUAAAUGUGUGACUUGUAUCUGCAAAAAAAGGAUCUAAAACCAUUUCAUUUAUAUAAAUAUAAAUAUAUGUAUAUAUAUUUUUGUGAGGGAGUGGGAGAAAUAAGGAAGUGACCUACUGCAGAUGCUGGUCAUGUGUAUGACCUUCCUUAAAUUACAAUUAUUAGAGCAUUAUAUCUUUUAAAAAGGAAAAUCCAAACUAAAACUGGCUUGUUUUUGAAGCUUUUUGGAUUUGUUUUUCUAUUUCCUUGACCUUUAACAUUUCCUUCAACCUGUGGUGCAAAACCAAAUAUCCUGCUGGAUAUUGGAUUGUGUAUAUCAGCCUUUUUUAUAAUUUAAUAUUUUGUAGACGGACAGCACUGAUAGACAGAAUUAAGGGGCUUUUAAAAACAAAAUGAAAACACAGCAGUAUGUUCCAUGUAGAUCAUUUAGCGAUUUAAGGUACAUGCCUAAACAGAUGCCUUGAGAACAGAAUGGGAUUAAUGAAACGGAUAAAAAUACAGUCUCACAGCACUGAAUGAAGAUGCAUGAUCAGAAUCAAGAAGCUUAACACAGCUUCUAAAGAAAUAAAACCAAAAGGAUAACAGAGAGGCUGUUAAACCUUGCCCGAUGCAUGGAAAUGCUCCUCUAGCAGGAACCUCUUUUGCCUCUAGCCGUGAACUUGUCUUUGUGGCUUUUGUUGGGAGUUUCCCACUCUGCUGAGAGGCCUGUGUGUCACAGGUGGCUGGUAGCAGAAGGCAGUAAGGAGGGAAAUCAUUGAUGUGGAUGAGGACUGUUUUAACCAGCUGUUUACAGCAGCUGUUUCAGUGCAAAAAUGUUUCUCCAAAUGUUAUUUUGAAAUGGGUAACACUGUUGUUGAGAUGUUCAAAGAGCUGAGCCUCAGUUGGCUGUGCCCUUUGGAAACUCCUGCUGCAUAAAUAAGGGGUGGUGGUGGAAUUUACUCCAUGGGGGGGGGGGGGGGGGGGGGGGGGGGGGGCAUUUGUUUAAAAAUAGUGAAUUUAACCAAAAAAGAAAGAAACCUUUGUUAACAGGGCAAGUAUAAGGAGGAGACUUCAUGAAUUCAAAUUCCCACACAGGUCGUAAAAUGUGACAUUAAAAAGUUGGUAAUCUAAUGGUGUCCUCUGAUACACCUGGAGAUGUGUAAGGUGAGCCAGGAUGGUUUAGGUUAGUGGCAGAUGGGCUGACAGUGCAGUCACAGAGCAACCGCGAUAGUAAAGCAGAAUCUUUAAUUCUACAUACGUUUGCUCCCAUAAUACUCUGCUGAUAGAACUGACAUAAAGGGGGGACCAAGGGUCAAACCGUUGGAACUGUUACAAGCCUGUGCUCAGCUACGGGGGAGCCACAGCUGCAGGAAGCAUCUGUGUGCUGAAAGGGUUCCCCCCCCCUCUCCUCCCUGCCUGAGGAUACCUGUUACACUAAUACUUGAACUGUGUGCCUUACGGUAUUUCUAUCUGACUGGCUGUUGUGUUUUAUAUACUGAUUUUGAACUUUGUUUGGGGUUUGUUUUUUUUGUUUGGGUUUUCUUUUUUUGAUUCAGUGCAAAGUACAUGUGUGAGGAGUUAAUUUAAUUCCCGGUACAAUAAAAGCUUUUUAUACUAAAAAAAAAAAAAUAAUUAGCCAGA